CCCACAACUACCGCGUCGUGAUCAUAGCCCGAAACAUCAGCUACGACUCCCCACGUUGCUGGAUGUUGGGCACCAACAGUCUUCUGAUCGCUCCUACGUGAGGUAACUGGAGGCGAGAAGAUUGCCUGUUUCAUGAAUUAGCCAACGUUUUCUGAUACUGUGUUUACGCAUGAGUCCAAAAUAGAUCAUAGCUUGGAGGAAGGUAAAGACAUUGGGAGUGGAGAGAUGUGUACAAUAGCAUCACGUUUGGCUGAUGUACCCGCAUGGACCAUUCCGCAAGUCACUCAUCCUCUUCCCAAACAACGUUGUAUAUUUCGCAGUUGAAAAUGGAUAUUAGGGGCCCUUUUUCAAGCGACCAGACUAGGCAGUGCAUGUGUUGGAGAUCCCCGAAAAACACAGAAUGCUUCCUCAAGAACCCAAUCGGUAUCGAACUACACGAUCCCGCUGCAGAGUACAACACACUAGAGAAAGUGUUGGAACUUGACCAGAAGCUAUCGAAUCUGUAUAGUGCGAUGAUGGAGUGCAGCACAUGUUCUUCAGAUCCAAUGCGCGCUAUGGCUCUUUUGGAAGAGCUGGACGUUCUCUGCACUCUUUAUGUUGCAGGACAGGCAAGAUUCGCGACAUCCGACAGCCACAUUAACGACGCCAGCAGUGGAAGCCGCGCAGCGCUGGACGACAGCAAGUUUCAACUUGGCCGAUUUGUGUUGGACAGUGAGGAAUCUAAGGUGGUGGGUCGCAUUGUCGUGAAGCAGGGUCUGGAUCAUCUCCAAAAGAAGCUGUUGAUAGUGCAAGCGGAGCAAAAGCGGGCCAACUCUGGCUCAAUGCAUGAUGAGCUUGGGGUGAAAGUGCGGGCGAUACUAUCGAAAGUCUGGGAGGCUUCCGCGUAUGGAUGUCUGUAGCCGUCAACGAAUCCUCAUCAUCAUGCGUCAUGCGCCUCAUGAAUCUAGAUCUCUGUCAGGAUUUUGUAUCGAUCUAUCGAUCCCAAGGCGAGCUAGACCACGUGGGCGCCGGCAUGGAGCAUGGAAAGAGACUGUUGAGCGUUGGGAACGUGGCAGACUACAACGGUGAUUGACAGCACAUCAUUGGAUCAUACCGAAUAUGCGAAACGGCUUCUCGGGCCUUAGCAUCGGGUCGAUGCGGGACAUUGUAAGAGCGGGCCUUCGUCUCAAGUGAUCGGUGAUGCAGGUACACUUAAGAGCCCCACUCCCAUAUGGCUCCAAGGAUGCCUAGGUAGACCUACAAAGCAAUCAACAUGACGUCGACCGUUCCUCUUUACGAACUAUGUGUACCCUCACUGCGAAAAGCGAU